AACACAUACACGUCAUCGCCCGUACAGAUGGUUUUGUUUUUGUUCGAGCACCUACACACAUUCGUGCACGAGUACAGUUAAGUGAAAGGAUUUUAAAAUAAUUAACUUUCAACAAAAGUGGGACAAUCUUAUUUUGAUUUUACACACAUUACCCAUCAAGAAAAUAUUUACUUGGGGGAGCUAAAUCAUACAGCGUUCUGUGUCGAAGUAAAUGUGAAUGCAACGAAUUUGAAAGAAAUACUUACUUUUACCAUUAUUCCACUAAAAAAAUUGGCCUGGUUGGUAACAGCCACACCAACACCAGUGCAAACCCAUCCAAUCCAAGCAGUGGAAAACACGAAAGGGUGUGUUUGUUUGUGUGCGUGCAAGCGAGAGAGCGAACGAACCUCGCGCAACCUUUCCAAUGGCGCACACCAUUUUCGAUAGGAAAGUGGAGAAACUGUAUGCGUGAAACAAAGAUAGUCCUUAUGAAAGAUUUCCCGUUUGAAGUGUUCUCUCUCGCUCUCGCACUCUCUUUCACUCGCCAUUUCCCUUCCAUUCUCAUUCCAAGCUUUACUGCUUCAGUGUGUGUGUGUGUGUGCGAACGGUGAAGUGUUUCCCUCGAACAGGGCAAAGGAAAAAUCAAGUGACGUUGAAGGCUUUUGCAGUCGGAAUAGCGCCACGGGUGAACGCAAGCGAACAAGGGAGCGCAAAAAUUUCCCUCAAAACGCGCCCCGGAAAACUGGAAGGAAGCAGAGAAAAAAAAACCCCCCCCGUAACCAUCGGAGGAACUAUUCCGUCUAUUCGUCUGUGUUCUAUUGUUUAGCUGCGAGCGAAGAAUUUUUGCCACACACGGUACGGUAUAGCUAAGCGGACGUGUGUUGCAUCGUGUGCCCGUUUGUGUGUUGAAGGUGGAAAUUUGCAAUGCACAGGUGAUACCAGUGUAGUGUUUGAAGAAAAAUUCCAGUAUGUGUUUCAAGAUGUGGUGCAAGCCCCAUUUUAUGGAGCGAUAGCAAGAGACCAUCGACGGCUUCACUUCUUGUUGGCACGUUAGGCGUCUCCACCAACGUCAACGACGAGGUGUCAUAUUGACGACGGGCAGUGCCCCACAGUGCGCGCUGAACCAGCUCGGUAGGGAGUCAAACACAUCAAAGCAGCCGCCGAUUAUUAGCAAAAAAAAACACCUUCACCUGCUCCACCCUUGUGCAGAACGAGGGUAAAUGUACGCACACGGUAAACGGUUGGUGGAUUGAUUUUCUCGGUCAACUCGUCUGUACCCUAGUAGCGCCUUUUGUUUCAUCGGUACGUUGGUGCUUAAACGUUAAGCAAGGGUGCGAACAAAGGCACACUACCAACCCGCACGGGGUGUGGAAGCCAUCAUCACUAAGCAGGUGGCAGGCGAGCUUAGCAAACAUUGAAGAAAAAAAACACCUCAACCGUGAAUAGGCACGCGAAACAUACACACACUGUACAGCUGUGUUCUCCACGCCAAGACCAGCGUCGAACGUAGUGCAAAAGGGCUUCAAGGUGGAAGGAUUCGCACGGGAGCGUAACGCACAACGAUGCCACAGCGAAAGACGGCGGCGGAAAGACAGAGUGCGGCGCGACGUACGACGCCCCUAUAGCGGGACCCGGUGGACCCGGGGCAAGUGAAUCCUUCCAACGGGACCUACCCGAUGGAGGACGGUGCAGACUAUGGCCAUGCCGGCAUCCAACAUCACAUGCCCACCCAUCAGCAGCUAUCCAAAGAGCUGACCCAGCACCAUCACAACCAAUCCCAGCAGCAGCAACAACCACACCAUCGUAACCAUGCACACCAAUCACAGCAGUCCCAUCAUGCGAAACUCCUCCAACAACAGCAGCAGCAACAGCAACAACAACAACAACAACUCCAGUCCCAAUCCUCGCAACAACAUCACCUAUCGAACGUUCCGGCAUGGUACGCAGGGUCCUCCGGUGGGACUCUUCGUUCGGCAGGUUCCGGUCGGCGGGCAUCUUACGGUCACAGCCAUUACGGUUCGCAACAGCAACAACAACAACCGCAACAACAACAACAGCCCCCACUCGCUAUACCAUCAUCUGCCGUCAACUAUCACGAUAUGGCCGACACGAUUUCCAUCGGCAGUGGACAUUCGGCCCAGCGCUACAUCGAACAACAACAUCCAAUACAGUCGCAAGCGCAACAACAACAACAACUUCUCCGUGGAGGAGUCGUCGAUGGUACGAUGUUGGGCAGAGCGGGUGGACCAACCGGUGGGUUGCUGAUCGAUCGGCACGGCAGUACGGAUCGGUUCGGUGCAUUAGAUGAUCCGCUUAGUACGAGCUGCCUGCAACCUCCGUCACCGGCACCGAGUAAUGACCACUACGUGAUGGGACUGCCUGCUCCGGCACCGGUAAACCAUCAUUACACCGACAGCCGGCACUACGGUACAAUUCAGCGACGUACGGCAAGCCCCUCGAACAUCAGAUACCGGCACAGCUUGACGGAGAACUAUCGGGACAUUUCACCGCAGUGCGACCGAUACAUACCGCCACCGGCACACUUUCUCGGUGCGGACACAUACGGCUACCUUGGCUCGAACGUGCACACCCCGAUCAAGCGUUACGUGCCGACACCGCCACCCCAGGAAUCACCCUAUCCACCGUUGCCGGGUGGUACCGGGUCUGCCACUGCAAAGACGCAAGCCCUUAUGAGUGCGCUCAUGCUCGGGCAAGGCGUUUCCAUACCCGGCGGUCCGUCGCGUGUUGGCCCGUCCCAUGCACAUCACGCGCCGCAUCAGUAUGCGUACGCCACCAGCACACUUCCGUACGGGUUUCGUGUCAAGAGCGGUGGUACGAACAUGGGAACUAGCAAUGGGAACGCGGGUAGCAGUGGCGCUAGUGUCACGACCGAUCCCACCACCAUAUCGCCCCCGAAGGGUUUCGAAACGCCCGACAACCAUUACGGUAGCAUUAGUAGCAGCACCACCGGCAACAUUGCCACCAGCAGUGGCAGCAUCAGUACACCGCCAGCCCGUGUUCGACCCCCCAAGUGCCCGUCGUCUUCCGUCGGCAGUGGACCCACACCGCACAGUACAUCCACCCUGCCGCACGCUACCGGUGGACAUGUGUCGCGCAGCAGCAGCCGACACUCGCAAGCGUCCACCGGCACAAACGGUAACAACAGCAUUAGCAGCAGCAACAGCUACCGUAUGUCGCGGACUUCGAGUGCGGAGUUCCUGGACCAGCCACGGGGCAGCUACCGGGUGUCCACACCGGUCAGCGUGAUGAGCGAACCGAACGGCGGUAGCGCAUCCUGUCUGCACUGUAACACGCUCCGGCGUACGACCGGUGUACAUCAGACGACGCAAACGACGGGCCCGAUCAGUCCACAGCCGGUGGGACCGUCCGAUACGACAAGUUGCCAUUCCGUGCCCGCCAGUCCCGCAUCACACACCUCACCGCAGCAGCUACCGGGCGCUAGUAUGGCGCUGGUGUCCGUAGGAGGAACGGCUGCUUCACCUCAUCCACAGCAACAGCACCAUAUGGCGGCGGGUCAGUAUGGCCAAGGGCAGCAAACCUCCCAACCCGCUAUGCAUCUGCCACCAACAGUGCAAGGCAUCGCAACAGCACAAUCACAGCACUCCCAAACGUACGAUAACCUUAGCGAAGGCACUGGUACACUGGAUCGGGACAGUGGUGCAACGAUACCGCGCAAUGGUAGUAAGCAUCAGUUUGUACAGUCGAACCGCAAUGAGACGCCUUCGAUGGAGAACCUGCUCAGUGCAAGUAGUAGCCGAUCGUUGUUAAUCCAACAGCAGCAACAGCAACAGCAGCAACAGCAACAACAGCACCAGCAAUACACCUCCUUACAACAACCUUCCCAACCGGGUCCGUCUACAAGUCAGCAGCAGCAACAGCAGCAGCAGUCGACCAGUGCGUCGGCAACACCGGUCCAACUAGCACAACCAUCCACAGCACAACAAUCAAUACCACCGCAACAGCAACUGGCCAGUCCACAGCAACAGAACGUCCCAACAGAACAGCUUCAAUCUCAGCAGCAGCAGCAACAGCAACCACAGCCAACGCCCUCACCGCAACAGAUAAUGCCACAACCACCGAUCAUGAUGCCCUCCCAGCAAGCGAUAUCCUCGCCCGCAAUCGUACCGUACGCCAUGGCAUCACACGCCAUUCCACCCCAUCCCGCGCACGGUGGAUCCUCACUGAACGAUUCGCCGGCUUCCACGUUGCAGCGCAGCAGUAACGCUCAGCUGCUCCGGAUCCCGCAAUCGAACCUUUCCUGCAAGCAGCGCGUCAAGGAGUACGUACGGCGCGAGACGGCCAAAUUCUUCGGCGUACCGAUGCAGGAUGAAGAGUACGAGCGUACGAAAUGGGACGACCGGCAGCGUCGGUUCGCCUGCCGACGGUUCGGUUCGCUGCGUGAAGAUUACGAUCGUGACGGACAUCCGAUGCACGGCAAUGGUCCGCCCGGUAUGCAUCACCAUCACCAUGCGAACGAACACCAUGGGCAUGGGGUGAACCAACCGGCAACGCUGCCACCAUCCGAUCGGCCAGACAUCCUACCGGCCCAGAGCCAGGACGAGCGGGAAACGGAACUGUCGAGACGGCAGCGUGCCAAUCCGCAUUACGCAUCCGCCCAGGAUCAGCAGGGCGAUGUGUACUUGAUACGGGCCGAACGUAAACCAUCGGUACCGGCCGUCAUCUGUAGUGGACUUAAUUUCCUGGUGCAAAGCAUCACCCGCAGGCGGUUGCGCGCGCACAAACAGUGGUCCCGAAGUUUUGCACCGGCCCAUGUGGAGCUAACCGGAUCGGAUGGUUCCGAUGGUACGGAGGUACACUGUGAUGGACUUGCCCCGAUACAGGACGGUGAAGCAUUCUUCGAUACACCGACGGCACUGGGCCCGGUUGGAAUUGGUCCGCAGGAACGGGUACAACAGGGUGGACUGAUGGCGCACGACAACUCGCGCCAGCUGUUCGUAUCCGAUGGUGAUCGUGCGACCGGUAGCGGCAUCAUCAACGGUUGGCGAACCAAAUCGGCGGAGUUGCAUCAUCACCAGCAGCAACAACAACAGCAGCAACAACAACAGGCUCUCCAGGCAGGUCAACAGGGACAAGGGAAUGGAGGUGGAGUAGUAGGAGGAGUACUGCAGCAGCAAAACCAGGACCAAGCUGGACCCGCUGCCGGUGGCAUCUAUGGACAACGAAUCUCAUCCCACAUUUUAGACGGUGUGUUGGACAACUCGCUGCGGCCAGUACGAAAUCGCGUGAAGCUGCUGCGACCGAAUCUACUCGACGAACGGUACGACUACCGCCCAUUCUUUACCUAUUGGAUCAACACGGUCCAGAUCGUGGUGAUGAUCCUUUCGUUAAUCUGUUACGGUUUUGGACCUAUCGGUUUGGGUAUGGAGUACCGCUCGGCACAGGUUCUCGUGACAAGUUUAAGCUUGCAACAGGUACACCAUCAAGAACCACGCAACAUUUGGAUCGGAUUGCGUAGUGCCGAUCUGAUACAUUUGGGCGCAAAGUAUGGCGCCUGCAUGAGACGCGAUACCAAAAUUCUAGACGUCGUGUCCAGAACUCGUAAGCAUGAGCGGGAAACGGCAUGCUGCAUACGAAAUGACGAUUCUGGCUGUGUACAGAGCUCCCAAGCGGACUGUUCCAUUCGUGGUUGGCCAUCGAAAACGAUCGCGACGUGGAAAAAGUGGUCCCCGGGUGAAUCGGGCCCAGGUGGACGCAUCUCGGGCAGCGUUUGUGGCCUCGAUCCAAAGUACUGCGAUGCGCCGGCAUCAAUCGCACCGCACGAAUGGCCGGACGACAUCACCAAGUGGCCUAUCUGUCGGAAGAACAACCAGCUAUCGCAGCGUUUCCGCUUCAAGGACCAUACGGCCGAACAUAUGGUGUGCGAGGUGAUCGGCCAUCCGUGCUGCAUCGGUGUGUACGGCGAAUGUCGCAUCACCACCAGAGAAUACUGUGAUUUCGUUCACGGGUACUUCCACGAGGAGGCGUCCCUGUGCUCGCAGGUCUCGUGCUUGAACGAUGUUUGCGGCAUGUUCCACUUCAUUGCCGUCGACUACCCGGACCAGUUCUAUCGUCUCUUUACGUCGCUGCUGCUGCACGCUGGAUUGAUCCAUCUGAUCAUCAGCGUCGCCUUUCAGCAUGUACUGUUGGCCGAUCUGGAACGCUUGAUAGGUCCGUUGCGGACGGCCAUCCUGUACAUUGGGUCGGGUAUUGCGGGCAAUCUGACGAGUGCUAUAUUUGUGCCGUACAAGGCGGAGGUUGGACCGCUGCCUUCGAUUGCGGGUGUGCUGGCAUCACUGAUGCUGCAGCUCGUACUGUGCCACUGGAAGAGCUUGAAAAAACCACACAUAGCUAUGAUCAAAUUGCUAAUCCUUGGCUGCACCCUGUUCGGGCUGGGGACACUGCCACUGCAGCAGAACUUUACCGGGCUGAUUGCGGGUCUGCUGACCGGCAUAGCCCUCACGCUAGCAUUUGUACCAUUUGUGAACGUAACGAAACAUAGUCGUAAGAGUAAGAUCAACCUCAUCUGGACGUGCGUGACGCUACAGUUCGUUCUGUACGCCAUCAUGUUCAUCAUAUUCUACGCCUUCCCGACGCUGUUCGAGUCGCUUAACUUCAUCGACGGUAAUCAGCUGAUGGAUCCGAAUGCCGGCCACGGCUAUCACGACCAUUACAGCUUGUACGAUGGUUACAACAACUACAAUCCGCUCGGUGGUUCCGGUGGCCACACGUCCGGUGGACACAACCAUGGACAUGGGUCGGGCGGUGGUGUUGGUGGCGGUGGCAUCGGUAAUGGUGGAAGUGGACCCGGAACUGGCGGUGGCAAUCACAUCAUCGGCACGUACAACAACAAUUACAAAUCUUCCGGAGGUGGUGGCAAUGUAAUGCACAAUCAUCACGAUUACACUGGUGGCGGUGGUGGCGGUGGCGGUGGUGGCAGCGUUAUGUCCGGUGGUCCCAGCCGGAAUGGUCCCGCUGGUGGUCGCAGUUCGGUCGGCAACAAUCUGCUGAAGACGAUAAGCCUGUGCGAGAAGGGACAGUGCGUACUGAGACAGCCGCGGCAGACGGACACGAAUGCAUGACGUCGAUGUUUUCUGCUAUUCACCGCACUCGAGCUAUGCUUCGUCCUGUUUGUCCUGCUCGUGCUGUACGAUGUGGACGACUUUCAGAUUGUGUAUCAGUUCGUACUGCAUUGAUUUUGCAAUCGUUAGAUAAACGUUAGCUGAACAGAAACAUGUAUCCCAGGCAACUCAUUGUGAUCCAGGCAUCUAAUAGCGAAACAGUUUGUUCUUUUCAAAAGGACAUCUCACAAAAAAACACACGUAGAGAAAGAGAGAGAGAGAAGGAGAGAGAGAGAACAAACAAACCCCACAUUGUUAUAAUCGCAAUUGCGCAAAUUUCACUGCGACGAAAUAUCGCAACCAGUCCCUUCUUAUUGUCGGAAAGGCGCCGAAAAGCAAAAAAAAACGGGACGCUCGAUGAAACGAGGUGCAAUUUAAUACGAAAUUAAGCGGAAUUGUGUGAAUCAUAUGACCAAAGGCCCAAUCAGAGCUAGAUCCGUAUCCUUCUGCGUACAACCCAUUCAUACAAUCAAUCCAUCGUAUCAUUCUUAUCCAUUCGUAGCAUAUUACACACACUUAUCAUGUGUAGAUCGCAUCAUUAUCAUUAACCUACCAUGAGUACUUUAAGUAAUCGACAGCAUAGCUAAAAUCAAAAAAACAAAGCAAAACGAAUACAUGCCACCUUCAUCUUAAUCGUCUAGUUUCCUUACACGCGGCCCACCUUCCGAUGCUUGGCAAAGGAAAGGUUUGAUGGCCGACCAUCAAACGGUUGUUUGCAUUUGAAUUUUGUAUCCAACGACUGGUGUUGUUUUGAAUAUUACUUCCCUGACGUUAUCUCCCCAAGUCGUUUCCACUAAUAGACGGUUUUAGUUAUACUCAUCUGUUAAUUAGUUGUGUUUUUUCUCUUGUUAUGCGAAUCGACUUAUCGUCUUCACAAUCAUCAUCAAUUGUGUGUGUGUGUGAUACACAUUGUUAAAUGAUCCUUAUGUUAGAACAUAUCCUUCUUACUUCGCCCAUCCGCAUCCAAUCGUGCUCCAUUGAUAGGAAGAAGAAAAUGCGACAAAGACGGUGCUGCUCGUGUGGCAAAAUUACGUAGUAAAAGAAAGGGUGAGCGCAGGAAAUAAGAAAUACAACAACAAAAAACAAACAGAAAUAAUAAAUUGUAGCAUUUAUUAAGGAAAACCACACUUGGCAGAAUAGCGAAAUGUACACGGCGCAAUGUGGUGCCGGGCAAUUUAUUCAGCGCGUCAGCGAACAACGCGCGUGCAGUGCGCGCGGCUCAGUGCUAAAAGGACAGUUUUUGAAUGAAGCUAUAAACAAAAAAAACCCGUAAUCUAGAAAUAACACAUUAGAAAUAUUAUCUAAACAGAAGAAUAGAUGACAAGAGAAAGGAAAGCGGUACUAGAGAAAAGAAACAAACAAACACAAAAAAACCAGAGCUAAAACGUAAAACAACAGUUGAUAACACAUGAACACUUACAACAUUCACACACACAAAGUAAAGAUAACAAAACUAAUGAAAGAAAAGAUACAAAAGAAGAGAUACACACAAACAACACAACCCCACAACAGAAAGAGUCUAGGCAACGUAAUGUAAUAACUCUAGAUAAGCGAUACCCAAUUCUUAGAAUUGUCCCUCAGUUAGUGAAAAUGAAAGAAAUUAACGAUGAAGCAAAGAACAAAAAACACAUUAAUAAAAACGAAGCAAACACACACACAGCAACAGACAAAAACACACGUAAGUAAAGUAAUUAAUAAACACACAUAUAACACACACCUUACCGUAGAGGCGAAUGGUUGGCGAAAAUGGUGAAAUUUGAGAAGAACGGAACACAGGUGUUUUUGGGACAGAAGAGAUAACGUUUGCUGUUAAGCAAAAGGAAAAAAAAAAACAAACAAAUAAUUGCACCCAAAGAACU